AUAGGCGGUUGCCGUGGGAGAGGCAGCACCGUGGAGCCGCAAGUCUACGGUGUUGUUAAAAAAAAAAAAUAUAAACCGAAUAAAUAAUAACUAAAUAAACUUGCGUGUACAGUGUUUAUUAAUGUGACAAGGUGGAUUACAGUGUAAUGUACAUUGUGUGAUUACAGCGUAAAUAUACAGUUUUUAAAAAUCACUGUAGGGCAAGGCCAUUUGUCGGCUGAUCUGAUGGAUAGUAAAGACCACCGGGAUAAUAGGGUCGUGAAAGGGCAGUACCGGGCUGUAGAUUUAAACGCGUUUAUUUUAUGAGAGAGGGAGUAGAGAAGUGAGACGGCCAGAGGCUCGGUUUACUGGAGAAGGGUUAAAGAAUAAAUAUAGUAACUAAAAUAUAGAGAUAGAUAAUACAUUUUUAGAAAGAACUCUUAAAAGAACACAUAUACAUAUAUGUAUAUAUGUACUGGUAUGUAUAUAUAUGUAGUGCGCACGCGAAACAACAAAAUCUAAAAAGAAGUUUAGGUGGAUGAUAGACUUUCGAUUUAUAAACAGACUAAUUAAUUGCAACUGAACAGGGGUUCGAUUUGGGAUUUCCGAAAUCUGCUUGAAAUUUAAAUAAAUAAUUUAACAAGUGAUUGGGUUCUCGUGUGCACGCGGGUGAUUGAUGUGUCAUCGUGGUACAAAUGAAGGAGUUGCCAACGAGUGAGAAAAUACCGAUAAUAAACGAGAGUUUAAUUUUAUUUAAUAAAUAAUAUAAGUAUAUAUUAAGUGACAAGUAAAUAAUAAUAAUAAUAAUAAUAAUAACAUUAAAAGUAAUAAGUGUGUAGUGAAAAGGAAAUAAUCGUGUUGAGUAAGACGAGGAGGUGCACUGCCGGCAGUUGCAACUACGAAAACGACCAAGAGCACGAGGAAGACGGAGACAAAGACGAGGACAACAACGACGACGACGACAUUGAUCAUUAUCACCGUGGCAUCAAGAUAAUAUCGGGCGAAACGAGGCAGCCGAGAAGCAGCCGCCUCCUGCCGCCUGCAUUGAACAUUUACAGGCAGCAGCAGAGCAGGCAUACUGAUUUCGCUAACUCGCGCUACCUCUGUAUUAUCACCUUGUCCUUUAUUUCAUUUUUUUGGUUAUCAUCAUACCUGUUAUUGGUGCCAUCAUCAAGCUCAUUAACCUCCGCGACCUCGCACGAGGACCCGGCUGCCUUAAAUCAUGGCGUGCUGCCUGUCGGAAGAGGCCAAGGAACAAAAACGUAUUAACCAGGAAAUCGAGCGGCAACUACGGAGGGACAAACGAGAUGCCAGGCGAGAACUCAAGUUAUUGCUACUCGGUACUGGUGAGUCGGGAAAAUCAACAUUCAUUAAACAAAUGAGAAUUAUUCACGGCUCUGGAUAUUCAGACGAAGACAAACGAGGCUUUAUCAAGCUUGUAUACCAAAAUAUAUUUAUGGCAAUGCAGUCAAUGAUAAGGGCGAUGGACCUUCUCAAAAUUACAUACGGUGAUAGCUCGAGCCAAGAAAAAGCAGAGUUAGUCAGGAGCGUAGAUUUCGAAACCGUAACAACAUUUGAAAGUCCAUAUGUAGAAGCCAUUAAGGAUUUGUGGGCAGACUCCGGUAUUCAAGAAUGUUAUGAUCGCCGACGAGAGUAUCAGCUCACGGAUUCAGCCAAAUACUACCUUAUGGAAAUAGACCGAGUGGCGGCACCAAAUUAUCUGCCAACAGAGCAGGACAUUCUACGUGUGAGAGUGCCUACGACUGGUAUAAUUGAAUAUCCCUUUGACUUGGAAGAAAUUCGAUUUAGGAUGGUAGACGUCGGCGGGCAGAGAUCGGAAAGAAGGAAAUGGAUUCAUUGUUUUGAAAAUGUCACUUCAAUCAUAUUUUUAGUAGCUUUAAGUGAAUAUGAUCAAAUUUUGUUUGAAUCGGAGAAUGAGAAUCGAAUGGAAGAAAGUAAGGCGUUAUUUAAAACAAUUAUCACAUAUCCCUGGUUUCAACAUUCUUCCGUAAUUUUAUUUUUAAAUAAAAAAGAUCUGCUCGAAGAAAAAAUCAUGUACUCCCAUCUUGUCGAUUAUUUUCCUGAAUACGAUGGCCCACAAAGAGAGGCCAUAGCUGCUAGAGAAUUCAUUUUAAGGAUGUUUGUCGACUUGAAUCCCGAUAGCGAAAAAAUUAUUUAUUCUCAUUUCACAUGCGCCACAGAUACCGAGAACAUAAGAUUUGUCUUCGCAGCCGUAAAAGAUACAAUUCUUCAAUUCAAUUUAAAGGAGUAUAAUUUGGUGUAGGCAUCAUCGUUGUGAUAUAUUAGACAUUGUCUCAACUUUAUUCAUACGACCCUCAAAGCGCACAAAGUGUGUGAAUAUGAACUUUGUUGAGCGAUCGAAACUAAUAAUAAAACUAAUAAUAAAACAAAUAAUAAAAGUAAAACAAAGUUAUGCGUAAAAGAUAAAUAUUCCGUGGUAAUAUAAAUACAUUAAUUAUUAAUAAAGGAAAAAUAAUUCAAAUUUAAAUCGAAUAUAAAAAAUUUUUAAGUAUGAAAUAAUGGAUAUAAUUAAUGACUCGUGAUGUUUUUUUUACAUCAUAUGUAAUACGAGUGUACCAAUUUUAGUUAGAUUUAUUAUACACACAACUAUACGCACAUAUAUAUGUAUAUACAUAUAUAUAGUUCGAAGAUUCUAGCGGCAAAAAAAUAAACAAAAAAAAUUUUUAAAAGGUUUUUUUUUUGUUUUUUGUUUUUGUUAUUUUUUUUAAUUAAUAAAGACCUAAAAUCUGAACGUCAUACGUUCUUUCCUAAACUUUUUACUGUCGAUACCAACAAAACUUGAUUUUUUUUCUUACUCUGUUUGUUGAAUUUGUUACCUUUUUAUAGCUUAGCUUAGACAAAAUCAAGCCUGUCGUUUGUGGGCGACAUUGUCUGACUUUUAUAUAACAAUUUUAAAAUAAUAAACAAGAAAAAUUAAAUUAAUGCGGUUAACAAUAAAACGUGGGAUAAUUAAAAGCUAUUUAAUAUAAGUAAACAAAAAAUUUGACUCGAUAUGAGAUUCGUAUAUAAACCUGUCGUCACGAACAGUGAGAUCUCACCUUCGAUAAUUUUUAGAACGUAUAGGAUUGGAUAAAUUAUUUAAAAUAAUAAACAAUUGUGAGCUAGGCGGAAUACAAAAUAAUAAACAAUAAAACAAUUAAUGGACAAUGAGCUUCUUUACACUAUUAUUAUUAUUAUUAGUUAAAGAAAAAAAUAUAAACAAGUGAAUAAGAUUCUAGUGCCAUUUACUUGUGUGGUGUUUUUUUUUUGUUUUUAUUUUUUAAUUGCAGUUCUGCAUUAAAUACAAAGCCAAAGUGUUUUUUUGUUUCUGUUUUAUAACUAAUUUUUAUAUAUAAAAGUAUGCAACAAAAUAAUUAUCGACUCUGCAUGUAACUCAAAUUUAAAAUUCA